CUUGCAAGGUUGCGUCGCCUCCCUCGUCGCUCGGUCGAUGCCGGCCCGCGAGGUGAGUCAGAGGCUGCUGCAGUCCGGACCGCGCUCGGACGCGCCGGAGUCGGCUACCUCGUCCUCCAUCUCGUGCUCAAGUACGUCGGCUACCUCGUCCUCCAUCUCGUGCUCAAGUACGCUAUUGCCGUCGCCUGACAAGCCAUUGGCGGAGCUCAAGCUGCAGGCCGAUGACGAUGGCGGGACGCUGGCGGAGCUACAGACGUUGCGCUUGCAGAUGGCAGAGCUCCUGCGACGGCUGCCACCGCCUCCUUCUUAUUCUCCGCAUAUAAUCGACGGCUCGCCGCCAGCGCUUGCCUCUGGCAUGCGGCGGCGGCGCGGCCUCCCCACGAGGCCUGUGCCCGCGCAGCCCGCCGCCGCACCACCGAGCAAGCCGCACACGCCUUCGGCUCAAACUUCCGUCGACAAGCCUGCAGCCGCGUACCCGUCAGCAGAGUUCCUCCGCAGUGCAAAAGAGGCAGGCAGGCGGGCAGGAGGUGACUUGCAGCCGCGGUCGUAUCCGUCGUCGGCGGCGCCGGCCCACCCGACGGCGCCGCCGGCUCGCACGCGCGGGCCGGCGAAAGCGCACGCGCGAGCGCUGCGAGACCACCGCCUCCACCAAGGCCACUCCUCGGCCGGCGGCGAGGGCGGCGAGGGCUGCUGCGAGGGAGUGUACUCCAACCCGUGCGAGUACCUCGGCCCGUGGGCGCUCGUCGCCAAAUUUUCCGCUUGCUUCACGCAGUGCUGCAUCGACGCCGUGUGGAUCGACGCGUGGAACUUCCGCCGGCACGUGCCCGGCGACCCGUAUUGGUACACAGUCGAGGAGCGAGUCGCGUCCGGCACAGACUUCCCGCUCGGGCGACGCCGCAUGCAGCAGCAGCAGCAGCAGCAGCAGCAGCCUGCUCCAUCCUACUUUGACGUGCCCGAGGAGUGGCCGCCGCCGCGAGAGGAGCAGCAGCGGCAGCACCAGCAGACUGGCGCCGAGCCCCGCCCGCCUCUCAUCCCGUCGGAGGACGUUCCUUCGUACUUCCCCGACCCGCAGCCGUCCCUCCCCGCCGAGGGCGCCGCAGCCUCCUUCGCCUUCGCAGACCGGCACGCGGCGGCCGCCCCGCCGGAGCACCGCAUGUUCGACCCCUCCGCCCCCGCCUUCAUCCCCCACGAAGACGUGGCCGCCUACUUCCCGGAGCCGCAGCGGCUGAUCCACGCGGAGGGCGCGCACCCGACGCAGCGGCCGCCCGAGCCGUCCGCCGCCGCCGGCCGCCGCUUGGGCGAAGAGGAGUCGGAGGACGAGGGGGGCGGUGGCGGCAGCUACUCCUACUCGUACGACCCCUCUCCCGAGCCGGAGCCGUGGCUCGAGCCCUCCCCGUCGCCUGCACCCGACAGCUGCAACGAGCCAGACCUGCCGAACCCUAUUGACAUCCUCGCCGCCGCGCUCGCCUCGGCCGGCUCGGGCGCCGUCGCCGUCUACCGCGUGGCGGUCCUCUUCACGUACACGUGCGGGCGUCUAGCACUGACUAGACCUGCAGCCUAG